AUGCAUGGCAAGGCACAACCAACACUCUUCGAUCCCGCCGCACACUCCCAUCUGACCCCAUACCUGGCCGGUCUGCAAGCACAAUGUAUUACCCGUGAUCUCAUGAUUGGUAGUUUCCUUCCUCCAUUGGCCAACGAUAAACUCCUCAACUGGUGGAAGGACAGGAUCGCCGAGAGCAGGGCAGGCACAAGGGUCAUCAUCUUACUGCUUAAUGAGGCCGAGCCUGGAGCCAAGGUGAGGGGCGAGGAUCUGGUUGGUGUCGCUAUGCUCGCCACGCCACACUCAGAAACGAGCCCCUUCCGCGCGCGCGUCGAGAGUCUCCUGGUAGCCGCUAAGUAUCGGCAAAAGGGUGGGUCUGUGGCCUUAAUGAAUGCCAUUCAUGGGCAAGCAACACUGAAGGGCAAGACUCUCUUGAUGGCCGAGACGGAGAGCGGGAGUAUCGCAGAGAAGGUCUUCAAGAAACUGGGGUAUGACGAGGUUGGCAAGGUACCCAGAUACAGUCUCAAUGCCUCUGGUGAGCUCAAAGAUGGUGUCUUUCUCUACAAGGCACUCAAUGUUUAG